AAUGUGGACUAUCAAACGAAAGAUAUCGUGUACAAUGAGCACGAAAAAGUGAACGCCCUACUACACCUGCACGCACGUAUUGCCACCGAAUUGUGGCUAUUUUGUACCAGUCGAGCUCAUCGAGCCAAAGCAUGUGGAAACACGGCAUUCGUGCUGCUUACAGUCGGUCUGAUAGGAUUGUUUGUGGGUUAUGUGUUGAUGAUUUUCAAUCGGAAAACGAUGAUUAUCACCACAAUCGGUUGUACCACUCUGCUCCAGGCCGCGUUCGCAUUGAUCUAUGCGGCCUCGAUUGAGUAUAACNAUCGUCAGGUACAAUAUAUUAACGAGAAAGAAUACCGGUACGUGUCGUACAAGGGACGAUAUUUUGCACCCUCACUGAGUUUAAACUAUCAACCACUGGUGGGUGUUUUGAUUUCCUACGUGUUCGCUUUCAUCCCAAUGGAUGCGAUUGGAUUGACUUUAUUGGUAAAAAAUGCAGAAAAUCUGUGA